CGCGCCCCGGGCGCCGCUGCCCGCGGGGCGCGGAGCCGGCCCGCCGCGGGGCCCCGCCGCCGACGCCUUCGCCUCUCCCGCCGCGGGGGUUUUUUUCCUCCUUGCUCGGGGAUUUUGCUGCUCGCUCCGUGGGAGCUUCCCUCCUCCUGCGCGGAGGGAAGGAAACUUCCUCGCCCCCCCCCACCCCCCCAGGAUGCUCCGGAUAUUUUUGAAAGGGCGGAAGAGUGAGGAACGGAGCAGCGUUUGUAAGGGCAUCUCAUGCUCUUGAGAAGGUCCCCCCUGACACCUCACUUGGGCGAUUAAAGGCCGGAGCUGGUGAAACUCCUCCCCUUCCCUCUGCUGCUCUCCCCCCCUUCCCCCCCCCCCGCCAAUAUUUCCUAAAGCCGUACAAAAAAAAAAAAAAAAAAAAAAAAAAAAGGAGCCUGGAGUAACUGGGGACGCUGGGGAGAGGUGGAAAAGGAGCCUUCCUUCCUCUCCAGAUCCAUCGCCCAGCACCUCGCCUGGGCUAAAGGGAUGGGAAGCACUGCCAUGGACACCAAGAAGAAAGAUGCCUCCAGCAGCAGCAGCAGGAAAAGCUCCAGCCAGAAGAAACUCAUGUUGCGAGUGCACAUUCCCGGCACAUUUUCAGAUGAAAGAGCUCAACAAAUGAGUGGCGACUUGGAUCUCAGCUCGUUUGCCAUGCCGUUCUUAGAUGGUGAUGUGGAGAGCUCGGACAAAAAUGCUUCUCGCAAGGUGGAAGAAAGCUACUCUACAGGCAGCCCUUCAAAAGGCCUUUUCUCAAAAGGGCUCCAGAACCGACCUUCCAGCCCUGUUUCUGCCCCAGUGAGGUCUAAGCAUAGCCCCGGCUCACCCAAAACAGUGUUCCCCUUCCCAUACCAGGAGUCUCCCCCACGCUCCCCACGCCGCAUGAGCUUCAGUGGGAUCUUCAGGUCCUCCUCCAAAGAGUCCUCCCCCAAUUCUAACCCGUCUACCUCUCCUGGGGGCAUCAAGUUUUUCUGCAGAUCAAGAAAAACCUCUGGCCUCUCCUCUUCUCCAUCUACCCCAACACAAGUGACCAAGCAGCCCACAUUUCCUCUUGAAUCCUAUAAGCACGAACCUGAGAGACUAGAAACACGGAUUCACUGUUCUUCACCUCCGGACACAGGGCAGGGAUUUUCUUUGCCUCCAUCCCAAAGUGCAGCCAAGCCUCCUAUAAUGACACCAGCUCCCUGUGCUACCUCAAAAACAGCGGCGGCAGCGGCUCCGGCUCCCUCCCAGCCCCCGGCCGCCUCCGAAGGGAUGCUGGAGAAACUGGAGCUCGAGGAUGAAGCACUUGAAGAAUCGGAAAGUGACAUUUAUGUGCGAUUCAUGAGGUCACACAAGUGUUAUGACAUUGUUCCGACAAGCUCUAAGCUUGUUGUUUUCGACACUACGUUACAAGUAAAGAAAGCCUUUUUUGCCUUGGUGGCAAAUGGUGUUAGAGCAGCUCCGCUAUGGGAGAGUAAAAAACAGAGUUUUGUAGGGAUGUUAACAAUUACAGAUUUCAUUAACAUACUGCAUAGAUACUAUAAGUCUCCAAUGGUUCAGAUCUAUGAACUGGAGGAGCACAAAAUAGAAACCUGGAGGGAGCUUUAUUUACAAGAGACCUUUAAACCUUUAGUGAACAUCUCCCCAGAUGCAAGCCUUUUUGAUGCUGUAUAUUCAUUGAUCAAAAACAAAAUCCAUAGAUUGCCAGUUAUAGAUCCUGUCAGUGGGAAUGCACUUUAUAUACUUACCCAUAAAAGAAUUCUCAAGUUCCUCCAGCUUUUUAUGUCAGAGAUGCCAAAGCCUGCCUUUAUGAAGAAGAAUUUGGAUGAACUUGGGAUAGGAACUUACCACAACAUUGCCUUCAUACAUCCAGACACUCCUAUCAUUAAAGCCUUGAAUAUAUUUGUAGAGAGAAGGAUAUCAGCAUUACCUGUUGUGGAUGAGUCAGGAAAAGUUGUAGAUAUUUAUUCCAAAUUUGAUGUAAUAAAUCUUGCUGCUGAAAAAACAUAUAAUAACCUAGAUAUCACAGUGACGCAAGCCCUACAACACCGUUCUCAGUAUUUUGAAGGUGUUGUAAAGUGUAGUAUGCUGGAAACACUGGAGACCAUUGUGGAUAGAAUAGUCAAGGCUGAGGUGCAUCGUUUGGUGGUAGUGAAUGAGGCAGAUAGCAUUGUGGGUAUCAUCUCCCUUUCUGACAUUCUACAAGCUUUGGUACUCACACCAGCAGGUACGGAUGUUGUCGUCUGACCUCUGCAAUAAGUCUUUUGAUUGUGACCAAAGGUGCCAAACAAAAGGAGAAUGAAAGUGAAUGACUGCUGUGAAUGUAUAAACGUUUGUAGGAGAACUUGAACAAAGUUUCUGGGUCAAGUUUGUCUCAAGAACAGUGACUGCAAUAGAACAGAGCAGAAUGGUUGAGAAUGUGUAUUGGGACUUAGUGAUGGAUGAUGAGUCUAUUCCCCCCAGUGAUGUCGCAAAAAAGCAGCAUGACAAAAGCUUAUGUUAAAAUGUAGGCUUGUAUUUCAAAAUGUCUUCAAAACAUUUGCUGGAAGACUUCACAUGAUGUCCUUCAUUAAAAUGCACUGUAUUCUGAAACUUUUUCAUUUUGUAUUUGACAGAAGUCACUGGUCAGCAAUGGAUAUAUGUGACAUAAGGCAAGUGUAUGGCAUAUUCAUAUCAUAGUGCCUUAUGUCAAAAUACAGCAAUAUGUCAUCACUGUUGCCCAUCACUGUCAAAGGAAGUAUUGUGCUAAACGAGACACUGUAUUUGAAUGUGAAAGUCUUUAAACCUAAAACCAAAUCAGUUUCAGUUCUCAUUAGAUUUGUCAUAAAAGCUGUAAUUUGAAUAUUGGUAGACUUCUUUAAAACUUUAAUGACAGUUUUGUGUUAAAUGUUGCAUUCUGAACUGAGAUGUAAAACGAGACUGAUUUUAAGAAACAGCUUUAUUUAUUUUUACUUUCAUGACAAUUUUUUACACAUCUUUGGUGGAUAGCUAAAAUUUCACCAUAUCCAUUAAUAAACUGUUGAUUGUUAUACAAACAAGUGGUAGAUUUUUCUCAUUAUUUAAGCCAUUGGAGUUGCAGAAGCUGUGGCCUGUUGAUCAGUCCAUAUUACUUAAGUUGAAGAUUCCAGAAGCAUGCAUCAAAAGUGUUCUGUACUGUAAUACACAGGCACCAUGGAGGAAAUCAAGUGCCAGAGAACAAUGCUUUCCUCUGUAUUGAAGUAUAAAACGAUGUUUGUAAGACUAAAAUGAACCUUUUUAUUGUAUAUGAUUUGUACAGAAGUGGAGGAGUGAGGAAAACUGUGGGUUUUUCUGCUAAUGUAAAUGCACUGUAAAGUUUGAAGAUGAGGGUUUUUUUUAUAAUUGUAGAUUCUUGUAGAUGGACGAAAUUAAACCCUACAACAUCAGUUUGUUUUUAA